AUGACAAAUACAAAGGAAACAAAUGAUAAACAUGAAAAAUUAAAAAGUAAACAACAUUUUAGAAAGAAAGAGAAAAAUAUUGUUGCCAAAGUGGAUAACAAACCACCUAAAUUUAACAUAGAUGUUUAUUAUAAGUUAGUUCGUUUAGAAAACGACACCAGGAGGGUCCGAGAAUUGGAUAAACAAAAUAUGGAUUUGUUGAGAUCUUUAAACGUUAUCACCAGACGUAGAGGUUCCAUUGAUUGCUGGCUACAAAAAGUUAAAUAUAAAAGUAAAUUAGAAAAUCAACAUUUGGAGAAUAAAAAAAUUAUGAAAGAGAAUAUAGAAUUGCUUAAAAAAAUAAAUGAAAUAUCAAGCCAAUAUGCUGCAGCAGAUUUGAUAAAAGAUUGGAAAUAUUUAAAAGCAAAAUUAGAAAUUGGAAAAAAAAGGAGAGUAGAAAAAUUGAAAAAAAUUGUUGUAGCUCCAGGUAUGAAGAAGGAUGAUUAUUGUAUGCUCAGUGAUUCUGCAUUACUUCAUACCUUAAAUCCAUCAAUUAGAAAUAGAUGCUUUUUGGAAAUCAAAGAUCAACAGAGCGAAGAAAUUUUGGGAACCAUUGUAAUUGAACUUUAUACAGAUAUCGUGCCUAAAACAUGUGCUAAUUUCGAAGCUUUCUGUAUGGGAGUAAAUGGAUUAUCUUAUAGAAACACUCCAUUUCAUCGUAUUGUUCCGGGGUAUUGGUGUCAAGGUGGAGACGUAGUCAAAUUUAAUGGUAUUGGUGGUACAUCCAUAUAUGGAGAUAGUUUCAAGGAUGAAAAUUUUCAUUUGCGUCAUGCUGGUCCUGGUAUACUUUCUAUGCAUAAAGCUAAUGAUAUGCAAGAAAAUAAUUCUAAAUUUAAUCUAACAUUUAAAACAUUGAAAACAAUGAAUGGUAAACGAGUAGUAUUUGGAAAAAUUGUGAAAAAUCUUGCUGUGAUCUAUAAGAUUGAAGAAUGUGGGUCAAAAUCUGGCAAACCAAUAAGAUCUAUCGUCAUAUCGAAUUGUGGAAUCCUUUCAUCGAGAAGUAAUGUUUCUAAAUAACAAAAACGAUUUA